AUGGAGGUGCCGCAGUCGUGGGCCGUCUGGUGCGUCUCGGCAGUCGUCAUCAGCCUGGUCAGCAUCGCAGUGAGAUGGUGCUUCCAUCGAAGUCGCUACUUCCAACUGGGCGAGCGGGUACCCGGUCCUGCUGGGGUACCUCUUCUUGGCAACACUUGGCAAUUAAUUGCUCGCAGGGAAGACAUCUUGAAAUACUUCAAGGAGCUACACGAAUGCUACGGUGCCGUGGUUAGAUUAUGGUUUGGACCAGUACUUUGUGUUGGGUUGAUGGACCCCAAGGAUAUAGCAGUCAUAUUAAGUAGUAGCAAAACAUUAAACAAGCCAAUCUUUUACAAAACCCUUAAAAAUAGUUUCGGUGAUUCGUUGCUUACUUCCGAAAGCGAAGAUUGGAAGAGAUACCGUACAAUUUUAGACCCUGCCUUCAGGAACCCGAUCAUCGACUCAUACGUCAGCACGUUCCACGAGAAGAGCCAACGGUUGGCAGACCUGCUGGAGGAGCACAGCGCGGGAGAGCCAAUCAACAUGGCGGACUUCUCGAGGCCCUGCGCUCUGGAGAUGCUCUCUGAGACGAGUCUGGGCGUGCCGAUGAACAUACAAGGUAAAAACCACACACACUGUGCUGUAGAAAACAUUCCGAAAAUUUCUGAAAUUAAUUCCUUUGUUUUUAUCACACCUUGGCUGUGGUUUAGUUGGACUCUUAAGUGCUAUCUAAUUUAUUAUAGAAUGGUUGCAUUAGUCACGCCCAUUCGUAGUUUUGUAACUCGUAUAGUCAAAGAUAAGCUGGAUUCAUAUAUUCACUUAAAAAAUAAGGUCACUGAUAAUCAGAAAGAUAUUGUCACACCGGAGCAACUUGGGUUCCUGGAACAAAUGGAACUAAAGGACCAGACCAUGUUAGUUAUCACAGCUGGCACAGACACUACAGCCUACACUGUAGCCACAACCUUGAUGCUGCUAGGAUUACAUCAAGAUGUGCAGAGAAAAGUCUUACAAGAGCAGGAAAUUAUCUUCGGCGGAGAUAUGAGCCGAUCCGUCACGGCAAAAGAUCUGAAGCGGAUGGUGUAUCUGGAACAAGUGAUCAAUGAAACUAUGAGGCUUUAUCCCGUGAUACCACUUGUAGCAAGGAGGGCUAACGAAUAUGUUCGUUUUAACAGCUACACUUUUCCAGCGGGCACUAUUUUCGUAAUCCCAAUUUAUCUGGUCCACAGGGAGUCAGAUUUUUUCCCGAACCCGGACGCUUUCAAUCCUGACAGGUUCAGCAGUGAGAAUAGUGCCAGCCGCCCUGCUUCUUCGUUUAUUCCGUUCACUUACGGUCGCAAGACGUGCAUUGGCAAGCGAUAUGCUUACAUAGCAAUGAAGACCAUGUUCUCAGUGCUGCUGAGAAGAUACGAAGUUCUGGAAUCUGGGACCGAGGAUGAAGUGAAUAGCGUAUAAAGUUGUUUUAUCUGUAAUCAUCUUAGUCCUCGGUAUGCGGCCUUUGGUAGGAGUAAUUUCGUGACUGGCACGGAACUCUAAAGAACGGAAAUGUGUAACCACAGUGCUGCAUCAGCGAGAAAGUCUCAUAAAUCUCGGAAAGACUGCGGAAACCUCGUAAUUUAUCCGUCUGUAUACAUAUUCCUAUAGUUAGGUAAUAAACAUGUGCAAAUUAAUACCAGAAUCUAAAAGAAAUAAAAUAAAAUUGAUCGCGACAAGAAUAUAAUAAAGAAAGAAUAUGUUUAAAUAAACGUUAUUUUCUAAAAAUGGGUAUAAUAUUCAAACCAGCAUCGUUGGUAAGAAUAAAUUUUAACACGCAAUAAUUAUAAAUAACUGACUACAGUACCGGCGUUGCCCGGGCUGAACACAGGUAAUUUAUUAUCCGCGAGUUAAAGCAAAAUAUAUAGCGCUACAUGACAGUGCAGUGGACAUAAAGUAAUUACACAAAUGAUUUUUGUCUUUGAGAUAUGAUUUUCUGUUUACACAUGGCGAUCGGUUUAAUUAGAAAUUUAUGGACUGUAACGCCAUUUAGCGGUAUGUUUCACAAAAUGGGUAUCAUAAAAUAUUCUCCAUGAAAAUCACUUCUAUAUGUACGCCAACUUUCAUGGCGAUCGUUCAAACGGUGUCGG